CGUUUCCAGUGCAGUCCGUGCUCGCGCUGCUCAGAUCGAAGCUGCUCGCGUUGUGAACGCAUUCCUGUCGCGCCACGGAACGGGAUAUUUCAGCGAGUUUGGGAAUUUAACUAUGACUAGGACAUGCCAUCCAAGGAUCACUCGAACGUGAGCCCAGGACGAGGAAUUGAGGUUGAUGUUGGAGUGGAUGACUGUUGUGUGAGAAGGCAAGGAAGCAUUGAAUCGAUAAGGCUUGUCCUGCCUUCCUUUCUUAUUUGUUGAGUUCGUUUAAAAGUCCCAAAUUGAAGACUAAUAGCGUGGACCACCACAUCUUUCACUUGUGAGGACCAGCGCAAAUAUGUGGCCUCAGCAGGGGCCGCAAUGCAUUAUUAGCCCAAGGACUGUAAUGCUCCUUGGGCUGCUGACAAUCUGCAUUUCCCCCCACCUUUCUGGAGGAGCACCGGAGCCAUUUAAGUCCUUCUUGCCCCCUGACUGGGGUCUGACGCAUUUAGCCAUCCAUAACAAGACAGGAGAUGUUUAUGUUGGCGCGGUAAACUGGAUCUACAAGCUCUCUAGCAACUUGACCAAGUUGAGGAGUCAUGAGACGGGUCCGGUAGUGGACAACGAGAAAUGCUAUCCACCUCCGAGUGUACAGUUAUGCCCCCAUGACCUUUCCCCAAAUAGUAAUGUGAACAAACUGCUGCUAAUAGACUAUCCCCAAAACAGACUCAUUGCUUGUGGAAGCACCUCGCAAGGCAUCUGUCAGUUUCUGCGCCUGGAUAACCUUUUCAAGCUUGGCGAGCCACAACACCGUAAGGAACACUACCUCUCCAGCGUCGUUGAGUCGGGAACCAUGUCCGGCGUCAUCAUCUCUGAGGGUCAUGUCAGCAAGCUUUUCAUUGGGACGCCCAUCGAUGGGAAAUCGGAGUACUUCCCAACACUUUCCAGCCGUAAGUUGAUGGCCAAUGAAGAGGAUGCUGACAUGUUCAGCUUUGUCCACCAGGACGAGUUUGUCUCGUCGCAGCUGAAGAUCCCCUCGGAUACACUGUCCAAAUUCCCGGCGUUUGACAUCUACUACAUAUACAGCUUUAGCAGUGAGCAGUUUGUCUACUACUUGACCUUGCAGCUGGAUACCCAACUAACUUCUCCUGAUGCCAGCGGGGAACAGUUCUUCACUUCUAAGAUCGUCCGACUCUGUAUCGAUGAUCCCAGGUUCUAUUCCUACGUGGAGUUCCCAAUUGGAUGCACCAAAGAUGGCGUAGAGUAUCGACUGAUUCAGGACGCCUACUUGAGCAAACCCGGAAGGCAACUUGCCAACUCUUUGGGAGUGUCUGAGCAAGAGGACAUAUUGUUUACAGUCUUCUCCCAAGGCCAGAAGAACCGAGCCAAACCCCCAAAAGAGUCAGCACUCUGCCUGUUCACGCUAACCAAAAUAAAGGAGAAGAUCAAGGAAAGGAUUCAAUCGUGCUAUAGAGGAGAGGGCAGGCUGUCUUUGCCCUGGCUUCUCAACAAGGAGCUACCAUGCAUCAACUCGCCUCUCCAGAUCGAUGAUAACUUCUGCGGGCAGGAUUUUAACCAGCCUCUAGGGGGCACCAGCACCAUCGAGGGCAUUCCCCUCUUCAUCGACAAAGAUGACGGAAUGACUUCAGUCGCUGCGUACGAUUACCGCGGGAACACGGUGGUCUUCGCAGGAACGCGCAACGGACGGAUGAAGAAGGUACGAGGCGAGGCGUGCAGCUCUAUUUGA